AUGCCGGUCGGGAUUCUCAGUAACCGGCAAAGUGCUGCGGAUUGGAACCCAGACAUGCAGAGAGCAAAAGCAGUCGGUGUCGACGCAUUCGCGCUAAACAUCGGCACGGACUCGUUUACGGAUACACAACUAGACUAUGCCUACACAUCCGCUCAGAACAACGGCAUGAAGGUCUUUCUUUCAUUCGACUUCAACUGGUGGGGAAUAGGAUCUGCCACGGCGGUCGGUAGAAAAAUUGCACAAUACGCAAACCAUCCCGCUCAACUCAAGGUUGAUAACAAGGUCUUUGUUUCCACCUUUGUUGGUGAUGGCGUCAACGUGGACACUUUGCGAAGUGAAGCAGGCCAGCCGAUCUACCUUGCGCCCAACUUCCGCCCUAGCUUUGGUACAUCUCUCGCAAACGUGGAAAGCGCUUUCAAUUGGAUGGGCUGGCCUCAUAACGGCAAUAAUCGUGCGCCAGACUCGAACACGGUUAGUGUAGCACAAGGUGAUCAGCAAUAUAUUUCAGCAUUAAACGGCAAAGACUAUAUGGCACCAGUCUCGCCAUGGUUCUUUACUCACUUCGGUCGAGAAGUUAGCUAUGCCAAAAACUGGUUGUUCCCUGGUGACCUUCUGUGGUUUGAUCGAUGGCAGCAGCUUCUCACCCUUCAACCAAGAUUUGUGGAAAUCGUGUCAUGGAACGACUAUGGCGAAUCUCAUUAUGUCGGACCAUUGAGCUCGUCUCACUCGGACGACGGAGCUUCAAAAUGGGUUAACGAUAUGCCCCAUGAUGGCUGGUUGGAUAUGGCUCGGCCAUAUAUUGCUGCAUACAAAGCGGGCGCCACCUCGGUCGCGAAUUAUAUCACUCAAGAUCAGCUGUUUUAUUGGUAUCGACCACAACCAAUGACUGCGAACUGUGAUUCAACAGAUACUUGUUGGCAAGGUCCUGAAGGUGGCGACUACUAUAUCGGACGACCGAACGGAUAUCAGACAGUUACUGAUAGUGUAUUUGUGGUGGCACUCUUGCGCUCGGCAGGUACAGUUCAGGUCACAUCCGGUAACAACGUCAGAUCCUUUAGUGCAUCGCCAGGUGCCACCUCAUUCACUGUUCCAAUGGGGGUAGGACAACAGAAGUUUUCACUUACGCAGGGCGGCACAACGGUCCUUUCUGGUACCAGUUUGAAGGAUAUCAUUGACGGCUGUGUAUGUGGCAUCUACAAUUUCAAUGCUUAUGUCGGACAGCUUCCAGCAGUCAAUGUUCCUUCUCUCCAGGCGCCCGGUUUUGGCCAAUUUACGCCCGGCUUACGAGUAACGACUUGCUCAGCAAAGCCAUCUCUGGGUACCAACACCCCCGCGGCAUCCACAUCAAGCACAACACGAACUACCACAACGACAACCACGACAACCACCAGUGCAUCUACUACCACAAAAGCUGCUACUACAAGCACAACCACCACGACUACCAAGACUUCGUCCGCAUCAACUUCAACCACUUCCACCACUUCGCGGUCAAGUGGUACAAGCACAACAACUACGACCGCUCGAACGACAUCCACAACUACUUCAACCACUACAAGGAGUACCACGACGAGCACUACGUCACCAUCAGCGACCUCCUCUCCAGUAUGUGUUCAAGACAAGAUGCAGGCCUUCAGACCUGUUGCGUUUCGAGCCCCAGCUCGUCAGGUUCGCAACUUGCACCCACCUCGACAAGCCGCUCUUCCAAGAAGCGCUUUCAGAUCGUCCAGACGGUAUGCAUCGACCACGCCACAGACACCACAAGGCGCUGGUGGUGCUUCUGGCGCACUCGCAGGAGGUCUCGCAGGUGGUGCCGCAGCUGUUUUGCUCGGAUACACAUGGUACAGACUGUCUGGCACAAAGACAAUCGUCGACUACGCGCACUCGUCAAAGAGUCAGCUUGACAAUGCUUUCAGAUCAGUCACCGACAAAGCUCCCAAUUCCAGCGAGGCAGUACAGUGGCUGAAACAGACGGUUGAAGGAUACACCAAGAUGAUCCCUGGCGCGAACCAGUACGUCGACAGCGCGUUCCAGGACUUGGAGAAGAUCCAGGAAAAGCAUGGCGAUGAGGUGAACAAGAUCAUUAACAACACCUACGGCGAGCUCAAGAACGUCACAAAGCAGGGUGCAAGCUUUGCUGCUGCUACUCAGGCUUGGGAUGUAUUGCAGAAGUGCUUCAAGCAACUUGGCAACCUCGCUGGCGAUGCAGCUGAAGAUAUUCUGAACAACCACCCCGAGGCUAAAGAGAAGGUUGGAGCACAAUACAAGCAGCUGCGGCAGAUGGCUGAACAGUAUGGUCCUGAGGCAAAGAAACAAGUCGAGGAUACCAUGAAGCAGGUGCAGGAUAUUGUCAAGGGUGGACUUAGCUCCGACAACAUCAACCGUGCGAAGAAGUUGGUUGAGGAGAAGACUCAAGAGCUGAGAAAAUACGGCGACAAGGCUUGGGAAGAGGGCAUGAAGCAGGCCCAGCCAGUAUUGGAUAAAUACCCCGAGCUGAAGAAGCAGAUCGACCAGAACAAGGACAAGUUACUACAGGGUGACCUCGGUCAGUUAUGGAACAAGGUUCAAGAGGCUGCCAAGUCAGGUAACGCUGAUGAUGUCAAGGGCUUCGUGCAAGAACAGGUACAGAAGGGUCAGCAGAGCCUCGGUGGCAGCGGUCAAGGCCUUGAGAGCCUGCUCGGAAUGCUGCCAGGUGGUAAGGACAUCAGCGGCAAAUUUCACCAAUUGCAGGAGUUGAGCCAGAAGCACGGUCAGGAUGCAGAGAAGCUGAUCAAGAGCGCGUUCGACGAUAUCAAGAAGGUGCUUGAGCAGAAAGUAGAGGAAGGUAAGGACUUGAAGAACAAGGUGGAGAAGGACAGCUCGAAAUAG